AUGGUGAAAGAGAAGAAGAAGGCAGACAGGAAAGGAGACAAGCCCACCCGCUCUCCCUCGUCUCUCUCUGAUUAUCCAGAGUUCCCGAAGCAAGAUGGCAGCGCCAUCAGGCCCGAAGUGGCCCCAGGUGUCACCCCAGUGUUGGGUACGACACUCAAGGCACCCAAAAAAGAUUCUAAAAAUGCGCAGCAGAACGAAGACGCCGCUCAGUACGAGGAGCCGAUCCUGACCAGACUCAUAGUGGAAAGCUACGAGGGGGAGAAGGUGCGGGGACUGUACGAGGGAGAAGGCUUCGCGGUCUUUCAAGGAGGCUGCACCUACCACGGGACGUUCUCAGAAGGUCUUAUGCACGGCCAGGGGACUUACAUCUGGGCCGAUGGACUGAAAUACGAGGGGGACUUUGUGAAGAAUGUGCCCAUGAACCACGGCACGUACACGUGGCCCGACGGCAGCGUGUACGACGGGGAGGUGGUGAACGGCAGGAGAAGCGGCUUCGGCAUGUUCCAGUGCAGCACGCAGCCCGUGUCCUACGUCGGCCACUGGUGCCACGGCAAGAGGCACGGCAAGGGCACCAUCUAUUACAACCAGGAGGGCACCUCCUGGUACGAGGGUGACUGGGUGUACAACGUGCGCAAGGGCUGGGGGAUACGGUGUUACAGAUCGGGAAACAUUUACGAAGGCCAGUGGGACAACAGCCUGCGCCACGGCGAGGGCAGGAUGAGGUGGCUGACGACCGGCGAGGAGUACGCGGGCCAGUGGGACAGGGGUGUCCAGAACGGCUUUGGGACACACACGUGGUUCCUGAAGAGGAUCCCCAACUCGCAGUACCCCCUGAGGAACGAAUACGUAGGGCAGUUCGUGGACGGGCGUCGCCACGGUCACGGGAAGCUCUACUACGCCAGCGGAGCCAUGUACGAGGGGGAGUGGGUCUGCGACAGGAAGCACGGCGUGGGCCGGCUGACGUUCAAGAACGGGCGCGUGUAUGAGGGCCUGUUCCACAGCGACCACAUCGCCCACUUCGCCGAGCGUGAGGCCGACGUCCUGAGCGGCCCCGAGCUGCCCUCGGAGGCCACCGCGAGGUGCAGGCGGAGCCGGUCCUCCCUCAGCGCGGAAAUCAUCAGGAAGCUGGACGGCAGCGAGAGUCACUCCGUGCUGGGCUCGAGCGUGGAGCUGAACAUCAGCCUGCUGCUGAGCAAGUACCCGAAGAAGGAGCAGUCCGAGGAGAGGCGGCAGGUGGAAUACGCUGUCCUGAGGAACAUCACGGAGCUGCGGCGGAUCUACAGCUUCUACAGCAGCCUGGGCUGCGACCACUCGCUGGACAACACCUUUCUCAUGACCAAGCUCCACUUCUGGCGGUUCCUGAAAGACUGCAGAUUCCAUCACCACGGGGUCACUCUUGCCGACAUGGACAGGAUACUGAGUGCCAACGACGACGACAUACCGUUUGAAGAAAUCCAUUCUCCGUUCAGGACGAUUCUUCUGAGGGCCUUCCUGAACUACCUGCUGCAGCUGGCCUACCACAUUCACCACCGAGAGUACCAGAACAGAAGCCCCUCGCUCUUCCUGUGCUUCACCCGGCUGAUGACCGAGAACAUCCACCCAAACGCCUGCCAGGUCAAAGGCAAUCUGUUCAGCGAGCCGCAGCGGACACUGUACUCGAUGAACUACAUCGAUAAGUGCUGGGAGAUCUACGCGGCCUACUGCCGGCCCGGUGCCGCCCCGCCCCACGAGCUGACCAUGAGCGUGCGGCACUUCCUCUGGAUGCUCAAGGACUUCAAGAUGAUAAAUAAGGAACUCACGGCAACCCGGUUCGUGGAGGUGCUGGCAGAGGAUAACCCUUUCAUCCACGACGGGAUUGACAGCAACCUGGAACUCGAGCUGGUUUUCCUGGAAUUCUUUGAAGCUCUCUUGAGCUUUGCGCUGAGCUGUGUUACUGAACGAAUGACCAGAUCCUACUUAAACGUCUCCUACGAUGAUUUGUGUGGAAACAAAGAUGGAACUAUCCAGAUAGUAGUCAAUCAGAGCGUCCAAAACAGGAGUCACAGUGCGGUCAUGAGCCACGACUCGGACCCCGCUCGCUCCAGCAGCGCCAAGUCAUCCUCCACCAAGCUGGCACUCCUGCCGGAAAGCAACAGGCUGUGGCGAUCAGAGCAGGGAACCGUGCCCCUGGUCACUUAGCCAGGAAGUAGUGGAGACCCACAGGUGUGCUGCACCCUCACAGGGGGCGAGUGACGCGACGUGCAUCUGGCCCUGGCACUUCCUCUGAGGCCGGUGGGAGGGCAGCCUCACCGCUGACACACCAGGAAGGAAGCUGUGGGAUCCAAACAGGCUGGAGCUGGUGGACACGUGGACUGAUGUGGGGAGAGGGGCGUGGGGUUUGAGAGGGAAGGGGAGGCCAUGGGGAGCCCGAGGUUUCCAGCCUAAGCAGCCUGGAGCCUGGGGAGGCCACUGACUGUGGUGGGGGCGGUGUGAGGCCCCAGCUGCCUGCUGAGAGGCGGCACGGCUGGAAACGCCUGCGGUGCAGGGACGAGUUCUGGCUGGGACGGGAGGGCGGGAGUCAGAGCAGGCACCCGGCGGCUGCCAGAGCCCCGUGGAAAAUGGAAUUAGAAGAUAGGUUUCUGGAGGGCAUCGCAUUGAGUGCGAUGAGCCGGACACGGAAAGACCACCAGUACCACCUGUCCUCCCUCACACGUGGGAGCUUAAGCACACACAAGUACAUACAUGCACGCGUACAUGCGUGUCCCUGUGAGUCAGUUCUGCUACAGGCUCUGGUCAAACUUUGUUUUAGAUCACUGUCAAACAGCCGGUGUAGGUUGAAUGAUUUUGUGACUAUUGUAAAGUUUAUGGACGUGAAGCUGACGUGUUUGAAUGAUUACUGUUUAUGUCUUUGCCUAUUUUCCUGCUAAACUAGGAUCUUUUUUUACUUUUUAUUUGUUAAACUCUUUAUUUAGUGGAACAUUAAGCCUUUGACUAUAAUGUGAAUUAAAAAUACGUUAUCUCAAAAAUUAAAAAAUAGGGAAAAAAGCUGCUUUUGGUGCAGAAAACUGAAAUCUGUGCAUACUUUUCUCAUCAUAAACAUUUUCCUUGAAGUUUUUGAAAAUUCCUCUGUCGUAUGGAUUUCAAAAUUUUCAUACCUAAAUAAAACCUUUUUAUUCUAUUUCCCCAUGAACUUUUUGAAGAACCCUUGUAUAUGAAUCUAAGUACAAUACUUUACAAUUAACCAUGUAUAAUUAAUGUAUUUAAUAAAUGCUUUCCCAAAAGCUCUGGGGGAGAUUACAAAUUGCAGGGGGGAAGCCCGUUAUAGAUGCAGUAACGCCGGUUCAUUUCCUUCCUGGUGUAAAGCCAGUAUUCAUGAGGGCUAGAAGGGGUCAAAUUAGCUCCGAGAAUGGCCUCGUAUUCUAGCCAUGUUCCAUGUAGACAACUGCUGUUAGUCCACAAUGAUGAAGUAAUU